AUGGAUGAUGGAUUAUUAAUUGAGCAAGUUGCAGGGUUUCCUGCUCUAUUCAAUAAAAACGAUUGCCGUUUUAAAAAUAAAACGGCCAGGGAGCAGGCAUGGCAAACCAUUGCCGAAAUUAUGGGUUGUUCUGUUGAAGACUGCAGCAAUAGGUGGGUUGUUUUAAGGGCGAAAUAUACCACUCUCAAAAAAAAAAUCAGAGAAACCCCCUCUGGAUCCGCGGGGUUCUCAAUUUCCUGGCCACAUUAUGAGGCAAUGGGGUUCUUGGACCCAUUUUUGGUGACUAGAAGGACUAUAUCAAAAAUUAAAUCGAAAUCCCAGAACAUCCCUAAUCUAGAGUCUUCGGAGCAAGGACUGCAAGGACCAUCUUCAAUUUGGGACACAAUGUCCCAACUUGAAUUUUCAGAUGUUUCUGUGGAUGCUCCGGAGACUGAAGAUUCUGUAACUGAAGUCACUGAUGAGACGGACUUCUCACCCCCGCCAACUCCAGAUCCUAUUUCAAAGAGUGGAACUCCUACCACAUCACAUUCUCAACUACCGACUACUUCGACUUCAUUCAGCUUAUUCAAUCAAAAAAUGGCGCAGCACUUAGGAGGCAGAAUACAAAGGGCAGGGGUGGUGCAAUGGGUGGUACUAAGCGGAAUGCGCAAGAAGCGAUGA